ACAAGCAGUUGUCCACUGCUUCGCCUCGAUCGUAAUAUAUAUAUUAGCAGCCAUGGCCGCCACCGUUCCUGCUCGCUGGGAGGGCGUUCAGCGCGUGUACUCCAGCCAGGAUGUGGAGAAGCUGCGUGGCUCUAUUAAGAUCGAGUACACCGUCGCCCGCCUGGGUGCUGAGCGCCUUUGGCAGCUGCUGCACACCGAGCCCUACAUUCCGGCGCUCGGCGCUAUGACCGGUGGUCAGGCCGUCGAGUCGGUUGCGGCCGGCCUGAAGGCCAUCUACCUGUCUGGCUGGCAGGUUGCCGCCGAUGCCAACUCGGCUCUGCAGACCUACCCGGACCAGUCUCUGUACCCGGUCGACUCGGUGCCCCGCAUUGUUACGCGCAUCAACAACGCCUUCGAGCGCAUGGACCAGAUGCAGCACUCCGAGGGCAAGAGCGACAUCCACUGGUUCGCCCCCAUCGUUGCCGAUGCUGAGGCUGGCUUCGGUGGCAACCUGAACGCCUACGAGCUGAUGAAGGCCAUGAUUGCGGCCGGCGCCGCUGGCGUGCACUUCGAGGACCAGCUGGCCUCCGCUAAGAAGUGCGGCCACAUGGGUGGCAAGGUGCUGGUUCCCACCGGCGAGUUCGUGCAGAAGCUGCAGGCUGCCCGCCUGGCUGCUGACGUCAUGGACGUGCCCACCCUCAUCGUGGCCCGCACUGAUGCUCUGGGUGCUUACCUGCUCACCAGCGAUGCUGAUGAGCGCGACAAGGCCUUCAUGACCGGUGAGCGCACCGCUGAGGGCUUCUUCCGCGUGCGUGGUGGCAUUGACGCCGCUAUUGCCCGUGGCCUGGCUUACGCUCCUUACGCUGACCUGGUCUGGUUCGAGACCGGCGAGCCCAACAUGGAGGAGGCCAAGAAGUUCGCUGAGGCCAUCCACGCCAAGUACCCUGGCAAGCUGCUGGCCUACAACUGCUCGCCGUCGUUCAACUGGAAGAAGAAGCUGUCCGAUGAGGACAUUGCCCGCUUCCAGGCCACCCUGGGCAGCUGGGGCUUCAAGUUCCAGUUCAUUACUCUGGCCGGCUUCCACGCCCUGAACUUCUCGAUGUUCAGCCUGGCCAAGGACUACGCCCAGCGCGGCAUGUCUGCCUACGCUGAGCUGCAGUCCAACGAGUUCGCUGCCGAGAAGGACGGCUACCGCGCCACUACCCACCAGAAGUUUGUGGGCACCGGCUACUUCGACCUGAUCAGCAACGUGAUUAGCCAGGGCACCUCGUCGGUGUGCGCGCUCAAGGGCAGCACGGAGGAGGAGCAGUUCGAGCACUAAGCAGACGGUCGGACACGUUCCAAUGCUUGCAUGGUGUGGGCGGGGUUUAUGGGGGUUUUCUCGCGACCCUGUAACCCCAGCGCGACUCCCCUUAAGGUUCAUGUAUGGGGACGUUUCGGGUAGGACUUGGAUACCGGUACUCUGUCCAGAAGUUCGGUCCUUUCACUUGCUGAGUUCAGGUGACAGAUGUUAUGCAGGGUGAUGUAUGUGUUCAUGAUUUGUUUGCUUCUUGACUGCAGCAUUUUGGGUGCGCAUUGCGCCCAAGUACACCAACCGGUGUUUUUUCCGGGGCGGAAAGCCCGUGCUAAAGUGGGCAGCAACGCCCCAUGGUGAACGAUAUCUACGCCUUGUAUAACAUGGUGUAUAUGUAAGGAAUGAUUAUGCA